AACCCGGAAGUAAACGUUAGCGUCGUCAUCAUCAGGUGAUAACAACACUUGGGUCUGAUCUGCAUCAAACCGAGUCCUUUAUUCAUCUUAAUCUUUCAUGUUUAAAGUGCUUAUUUAACACAAUGGCGCAGAAAAUCAACGAGGCUCACGAGCACAUCGCCAAGGCUGAAAAAUAUCUGAAGACGAGCUUGAUGAAGUGGAAGCCUGAUUAUGACAGCGCUGCGUCAGAAUACGCGAAAGCAGCGGUCUGCUUCAAGAACGCCCGGCAGCUGGAGCAGGCGAAGGACGCGUACCUGCAGGAGGCCGAGGCGCACACCGGAAACAGAUCUCUUUUUCAUGCUGCCAAGGCCUUCGAGCAAGCAGGAAUGAUGCUGAAGGACAUGCAGAGGUUGCCUGAGGCUGUGCAGUACAUUGAGAAGGCCAGCAUGAUGUAUGUGGAGAACGGCACUCCAGACACCGCCGCCAUGGCCCUCGACCGAGCUGGAAAGUUGAUUGAAGCGCUGGAUUUGGCGAAAGCCGUUCAUCUGUACCAGCAGGCAGCAGGAGUGUUCGAGAACGAGGACAGACUGAGACAAGCAGUGGAGCUCGUCGGCAAAGCCUCCAGACUUCUUGUUAGACAACAGAAGUUUGCGGAGGCUGCCGUGUCCCUUCAGAAGGAGAAGAACAUGUAUAAAGAAAUCGAGAAUUAUCCGACGUGUUUUAAGGUAAAACCCAUCGCACAAGUGCUGGUGCAUCUGCACAGAGGAGACUACGUGGCGGCGGAGAAGUGUGUGCGGGAGAGCUACAGUAUCCCAGGAUUCAGCGGGAGCGAGGACUGCGUGGCCAUGGAGCAGCUUCUGCAGGGUUACGAUGAGCAGGAUGAGGAGCAGGUGUCUCGCGUCUGCACUUCACCGCUGCUCAGAUACAUGGACAACGACUAUGCAAAGCUUGCCAUCAGCCUGAGGGUGCCUGGAGGAGGGAAGAAGAAGGCCGCUGCCGCUGCCAGUGGAGAUGCUGGAGCCGCGCCGCCGGAGGAAGACGAGGAUGAGUACGCUGGAGGCCUCUGUUAAAGCUCUACCAAACACAUUCCUCAUCUGCUGCUUCAGACUCCUCCAUGAAGGAGCAAGCAUGAUCCUAAACAUUAUAUUCCUGUGCUGGAGGGGUUUGUGUUUCAAGAAGCUUUCAGAACUGUUAAAGAGGGAACGUCAUCUGGAGAAGAAAAGCUUCUUUAUGUUAGGCCUCACAUGUUAUGCAACGUCCUCCUCUCUCGAGUAUGCAUAUUUAUUUAGGUUUGCCUUCAAAAAUCAUGUUAAAAUGUAAACUGGUUUUCUCAAGUGUUUUCAGGCAAAGCUUGUUUCUGCCAUGGGAUAACACAAAUACAUAAAGGUAAUUCAGCUCUUUUUUCUAUGUAAACGAAGACUUGCAAGACGUGGAAUUGAGACGUAAUUUCAAAAUUGAGAGAUAUAAAUGUAAAAUUGCGAUUCUGAGAAGAAAAGUCUGAAGCUCGAGGUAUAAGCUUGCAAUUGCACGAAAAAAAAAGUGUCUGAAUUGUGCAAUUGCCUUUGAAAAUACAAAAAAGAAUAGCAGAAUUGCGAGAUGUAAAAUGUAGAAUUAUGAAGGGAAAAAAUUAAGAAUUGCGAUUUAAACUCAGAAUUCCAUGAAACACAGAAUUUAAAUAAAAACUAAAAGAGAUUAGAAUUGCAAGAAGAAGAAAAAAACAAGUCGAAAUUGUGAGAUAAAAAAAAAAAAAACAGGUAAUCACAACUUUUUUUUUUUUUUUAAUUGCAUGGUGGAAACAAGCUUCAGAAAGCCCAAACCUGACCGACAGCUUCACAGUUCAGUGGGAGCUUCUGUGUGUGAAUCAGGAGCUCGGUCUUCAUAUGUGCAGUAUUUCAAACAUUGUGAGUAGUGCUGGAAUACUACACAAGUCAGCGGUUUAAAUUAUACUACAUAUGUUCUACAUGCUGGAAAUUAAAUAACAGUGCCUGCCUUACCAAAAGAGGGAAUGUAUUUACUGUACAUUGUGUUUGUAUCUUCAAUAUUGUUAAACUUAUUCCACUCAACUUAGUGAAACAUCAGCAGAAAACGAAGCAGCAUGAAAUGCAUGAAAUGCCUUAAGAUUAUCUGAACACGAGAAACACAAUCUUAGUUUUAUUCUUGGUUUUUAAUGGAGAAAGUGUGUUUUGAAAUUGCAGGGAACAAGCUCUGUUAAUUCUGGAUUUGCAUGGUUUCCCAACACCACUGAAUAAAGAGAAUCUGUGAUUUUUGCAUAUUUAA